UCAGCCGACAGCAGCAGUCCGUCCUCAUCACUCUUUGCCUUUCCAUCUCCAGCCUCCCUGCUUGUUUUUCUUCCUUUAAAUUUUUUGACAUUUCAUUUUUCUUAAAGGAAAUUCAUAUUCUCUCACGCUGGAUUCACUCGUUCUGUCCAAUGGAUGGAGUUUAUUCCCCAGCAAGUAUAGUGACAUCUUAAAAACCUCCGACUCGGUGCCGGGCAACCCGCCGGAGGCCCUGGGAGCGAUGGAGCAGCGCGGGGGCGCCGAGAGCCCCGGCCUCCAGGACGAAGCCAGCGUGGACGAGAGGGGGGAGCGGGGGGAGCGGGGGGAGCGGGGGGAGAGCCCCGCGUCCGGCAAGCUGAGCCGCGCCGAGCUCAACGGCAGCCCCGCCAACCCCAGAGCCCGGCAGGGCAGCACGCCGCUGAGACCACUAGGAGGUGGGCCCAUAAGACACACACGUUUGAUGAUCCCCGUCUACUGCGUGGUCGAGCACGUGGACGUGGGCGUGUCCGGUGACUACGAGGGCCGCGGCGACCGCCACGCGGAGUUCGUGCUGGUUCGGAAGGACGUCCUGUUCACGCAGCUGGUGGAGACGGCGCUGCUCGCGCUCGGAUACUCGCACAGCUCGGCCGUACAGGCGCGCGGCAUCAUCAAAGUGGGCCGCUGGAAGCCGAUGCCCAUCCACUAUCUGACCGACGCCCCAGAGGCCACCGUGGCCGACAUGCUGCUGGACGUGUACCACAUGGUCACGCUGCGCAUCCUGCUGCACAGCUUUGCCCGUUUGGAGGAGUUGCCAUCGGAGCAGUGGACCCACGCCACGGUGAGGAACGCCCUCAAAGAGCUGCUCAGAGAGACCAACCAGAGCGCCCUGGCCAAGGAGUGUCCUCUGUCCCAGAGUAUGAUCUCAGCGAUAGUCAACAGCUCCUACUACACCAACGUCUCCACCUCCAAAUGCCAGGAGUUUGGACGCUGGUACAAGAGGUUCAAACGCAUCAAAGGCGAAUACCUUGAGAAGAUGUGGUCAUCACACGAAAAAUCUGAUAUCAAAGUUGAGAGGGACCUGAGUGCCAUCGCUCAGCAUCCGCCUUCGCUCCUAACCUCUGCCUCUCACCUGGGUGCGAUCGGGACCCCUGGGCUCGGGGACUCUCAGGCCUCGGCCCAGCCCCACUGCCUGCCUCACCCCGCGGGCCAGCACCACCCCAGUCCCCCGCUGCGCCCCCAGGGUCCGGCCCUCCUGGGCCACAGGGGGCUGCUGUCCCCUCAGCUCUCCCCUCAGCUGGUGCGCCAGCAGCUGGCCAUGGCCCACCUCAUCAACCAGCAGCUAGCCGUCAGCCGCCUGCUCGCCCACCAGCAUCCACAGGGGGUCAACCACCAGUUCCUGAACCACCCGCCCAUCUCCAGGACCUGCAAGAGCACCGGAGCCUCUUCUGAGCUCACGCUCAACUGUUCGGGGGCUGAAGUCUCCUCCGAUAUUUACCAGCAAGUCAGGAACGAACUGAAGAGGGCCAGCGUGUCCCAAGCAGUGUUUGCACGCGUGGCUUUCAACCGCACGCAGGGCCUGCUCUCUGAGAUCCUCCGUAAGGAGGAGGACCCUCGCUCGGCCUCGCAGUCGCUGCUGGUCAACCUGAAGGCCAUGCAGAACUUCCUCAACCUGCCAGAGGGCGAGCGAGACCGCAUCUACCAGGAGGAGAGAGAGAGGAGCACCAACACCAACCACAACCACUCCACCAACCACAUCUCCACCGUCAGCACGCACAGACACACACAGACCAAGUGCGGUGUGUCUGGUGCAGAGCUGCCGCUGAAGCUGGACUCGCUGGUAACCAUCACAUCAGGAAUCUAUGAGGAGAUCCAGCAGGAGAUGAAGAGGGCCAAGGUCUCCCAGGCGCUGUUUGCCAAGGUGGCUGCUAAUAAGAGCCAGGGUUGGCUGUGCGAGCUGCUCAGGUGGAAGGAGAGCCCGAGCCCGGAGAACCGCACCCUGUGGGAGAACCUGUGCACCAUCAGGAGGUUCCUGGCGCUGCCGCAGUCCAACCGGGACCAGGUGUACGAGGAGGAGUCGCGGCAGCAGCACAGCGACAGGCUCCACAGCGUCCUGCACAUCCCAGAGCAGCAGACUCUCCACAGACCACAGCUUCCACCGCUGACAGCGCCGCCUCCGCUUCAUGAAGACCCACAGAGCAUCCCGCUGCCGGUGCUGCACGGCGCCGAGGACGGGCAUCAGCGCGGGCUCAGCCCCGGCCUCGGAGCGGGGGGACCGAAGAAGGCCCGAUCCAGGACACGGAUUUCCCUGGAGGCCCUGGGAAUUCUGCAGAGCUUCAUCGGCGACGUGGGCCUGUACCCGGACCAGGAGGCCAUCCACACGCUGUCGGCACAGCUGGACCUGCCCAAGCACACCAUCGUCAAGUUCUUCCAGAACCAGCGCUACAACGUCAAGCACCACAGCCAGGCUAAAGAGGCCGCACCCGACGAGGACGACGGGGAGAGCCUGAGCCCCAGCGAGGGCGGCAGCGGCGCGGCCGAGGUCCGAGGGGAGGAGGUGCUCUCGGCUUCAGAGGAGUCUGAGGACGGGAGGAGGUCGGCGGAGGCGUUCGCAGCAGAAAGCAGAGGGGAGGAGAUGGAGGUAGACAUGGAGGUGGACAAAGAAGAAGGGGAUGAUGGGAAAAUGUCAGGGCCGGCGACGUCCUCCCUGUCCCCCUACAGCAGCCUGGACAGCCCCCACUCCACCGAGCAGCAGAGAUAACAGCAGAGAAGAGACAGAGACCAGAGAACGACACCAUCAAACUGUGAUGACCACACACACACACACACACAACCUGUGAAUAAACACACAAUCAACCAGAGCUGGUGAUCACAGACUGCUAGUAUCUGAACCAUGGAAAAGUAUUUAUGCACGCUGGGACUGAAAAUCACUCACUACCUGCAGAUGUGGAUGAUAUUUUCAGUAUCGAUUAAAAACAAUUGAAAAACCUUUUGUUUUUUAAAACAUGUCACUUCUUUUCUCCAGUGAGGAUAAAACAUACCUUUCAAAUAUCAUUAGAGCCUCAGAGAUGCAUUGAAAUCUUUUAGCUUCUCAUGUGUGAAGACUGUAGUUCAUGCAGCACAGUUCACCCCUUUGUGUGUUAAUGUGUGACACUCUGCUUCUCAGCAGCAGUGGCCUGAGUGGAAGCUGUGCUGAGGCAGCGAGUGAUGACCUUCUAGCUCCUUCAUCUUCCUCCUGUUUAUUCAUUUCAGUAUUUAGUCGAACAUUCAGUACUGAUGAUUGAACGCUGAGAAAUUGCUCAGCAGCACAAUGGUUUGUGUGUAUUGACGCAAACUUUGUUUCUGUGUGAGGUUGUUCUGAUGCAGAGUUUAGUCCAGACGGCAAUCAACUUCACAUGUUUUCAGAAGAAGAUUCAUUUGUGACUAGAUAUACAGUAAGUGAAGCGUUUGGCUUCCUGUAGACAAAGUAAACAGCAAACGUAGUGAACGAGCCCCACAACUGAACAAACCACUGACUGAGAGGCUGCAGCAAGACAAGGCUCCAUCUGAACCCAAGUGGACAGAACGUCCAGUUUUGUUUAUUAAUGUUACUGUCCCAGUGUUUUUCCCAUGAUGCAUUUCUCUGACAGUCUGUUAACACUGACUUACUCGCCCUAAGCCCAUACGCAGAAAUAUUUAUUUCUAAUUUUACUAAAAGCUACACCUUGUUGUAAAUAUGGCCUUGCUAUAGUUUUCUUUAAUAUGACGACAAACGUUUUUGUAAUUGUGACAAAAAUCCAAUCCAGCUCAAUCUGAACCUUUAUUUACAAUUAGGUUUUGAAUGAGCUUUUAUGUAUUUCAUGAUGUAAAUGUUGACAAUCCACCUGCAAAAGUGAAUUUGUCAUCGUAUGUGGGAUCCAACCACUGUUUGUGUGUCACAGAGCAACUCCGUUUAUUUCUCCUCAUUUCAGUCCAGGCUGGAGCAACAGCUGACUUUCAACUUCAUUGUUUUUUUCUUGUUGUGUGGUUCUGCUGUGAGCAGGACGUGAAAAUCUGAUAAACAUUUUCCAAAGUA